AUGUCCAACUUUAUCACAAAUGCUCUGUUACAGUCGCGCAACCCGUUGCUCACAUUUCGUCGGUUCCGUGGAAAGAUCAACAUUCAGCGACCACGGCAACCACAUUACGAAAGAGCCCGCGUGCUCGAAAUUAUAAAACCGUACUACAAAAAACCCGAAUUUAAUGCUCCGUGUAUCGAUGCCCAACAGAUGAAGCAAAGUAAAACGUUGGACAACCCGUACGAAACAAUCAUUGCGCGGGAAGCCCGGAAUUGGUUCGAGCAUAGCAAACUAGUAGCGCUGCUGCACGUGAAUUCGAUAAGACAAGAGGAUAUGUUUAAGAUGCAGGUAGCACUCCAUCGACAUAAUAUCUCGGUUAAGGUGUACGGUAAAUCGAUCAUGCGUAAGGCGGUAGCGGACACGAAAUUCGAAGCGAUAAUGCCACUGUUUGAAGCUAAAACUGCAAUCAUCUUUAGUCCGGAGGCGCAAAAGAUUAAGCAGGUGCUGAGCGUGUUAAGGAAAUCACCACAACUCAUCUUGAUGGGUGGGAUUGUGGAGGGUAGAUUGUUAAGUAGAAACGAGUUUAUGGCAUACGCUACCAUGCCUGACCUUACUACGGUACGGGCACAGUUUGCUGCGGUGUUAGAAAGUGCUGGUGGUAAGAUUGUAGCAGAUCUGCAAUGCCACCAGAGCCAGCUAGUAAACAUGCUCGAUGCGUACGCAAAGAACGAUUCCCAAACCGAUAAGAGCCGUACUGUUAGUGUUGCUGACGAAGAAAUAGGCAGUUGA